AUUGGGUUUGGUCCCAAUUCCAAUUGUACAGUCGAUAUAUGUCCACUGGAGAUGAGCGUAACAGGUUACUACCCCAGUCUUCCCGUCAACAUCAUUUUCAUCGCUCUCUACGCCAUAGCUAUGGUCAUCCACCUCAUUAUUGGCUUUCGUUGGAAAACUUGGUGGUUCAUGAGCUGUUGCACCCUCAGUACCAUUAGCGCAAUCGUCGGCUACGUUGGCCGAAUCCUUAUGCAUUACGACCCCUUUGGCUUUUUCCCCUUUUUGAUACAAGCUGUCUUCCUCACAAUCGUGCCCGUCUUCUACUGCGCUGCGAUCUAUGUUACCCUUGCCCUGGCCAUAAACAACCUCAACACAACCCUCUCACGCGUCCGACCUAGCCUUUUCUACUGGAUUUUCCUCCCAAGCGACCUCAUUGCCCUCCUGGCCCAGAUCUCCGGUGCCGCCAUCAGCGCUACAUCCUCGAGCGGUUCCCUCGGCAGCACACUGUCCACCAUCGGCUUGAGUCUCCAGCUGGGUACCGUCUUGCUCUUCAGUAUCUGUUUCAUCGACUUCGACAUUCGUUACUUCCGCUCGCCCAGGGGCUGCACCGAGACCAGUGCCCACGAUACCCGCCUGCGCUUCUUUUUUGGAGCUAUCAUUAUCGCGCUGCUGCUCACGGUUGCGCGUUCGGGGUAUAGACUUGCAGAGUUAAAUCAGGGGUACUCUGGGGAGUUAAUGAAGGAGGAGGCCUUGUUUAUUAUGUUGGAGGGAUGUGCUGUUGUCCUGUCGGUUUUUUUCCUAGGCAUAGGCCACCCGGGCUUCGUCUUACGU